CAUUUUCUCAAAACAAAACCAAGUUGACAACCGACACCGAACAGGAUCAAACUCUUCCUUCUCUCCCAAUCCUUCGAUCAUACACACACACACACACCCCUAUAUAUAUAUAUCGACGAUAUAAAUACACAUACAUAGCAAGAAUCGAAACUCACGAUCAAGAGAGAGAGAGAGAGCUCAGAUGCGGUCGUCGGUGCAGCUCCGCCGCGCGACGUCCUCCGCCACCGCGAACGGAUUCCACCAACCGCCGGAAGCCUCGGUGAGGCGCGUGUGCCUGACGCGCGGGAUGCAUGUGCCGGAGCACGUGGCGAUGCACCACACGCACGAGCUGGGUCCCGACCAGUGCUGCUCGGCGGUGGUGCAGACGAUUCACGCGCCACCGGAGCGCGUGUGGUCCGUCGUGCGCCGCUUCGACAACCCCCAGGCGUACAAGAGCUUCGUCCGCCGAUGCCACGUCGUCUCCGGCGACGGUCUCCACGUGGGCGACCUCCGGGAGGUCCAGGUUGUCUCGGGUCUCCCGGCUGGCUCGAGCACCGAACGGCUCGAGAUCCUGGACGAGGAGCGCCACGUCAUCAGCUUCAGCGUCGUGGGUGGGGACCAUCGCCUCCAUAACUACCGGUCGGUGACGACGCUCCACGUGGCGGACGGAGACGACGGCGGAGACACGGUGGUGGUGGAGUCAUACGUCGUGGAUGUGCCGCCGGGAAAUACGCCGGAGGAGACGCUCAGCUUCGUCGACACCAUCGUACGGUGCAACUUGCAAUCUCUCGCACGAAGUACGGCGAUGCGAUGAAACCGGCAAAUACAAUAACAACACAUAUAUAUAUAUAUGCACGUAUGUAUCUAAAUUCUCCCUUUGUCCCUUUUUUUUUUCUCUAUUUUUUGUGGAUCUAUGAUCGUUUUGAAGGAACAAAUUUGUGGUAGUUUUGAGAAAUUUUUAUGGGAUUUGGGUUAUUUGGAAGAUCGAUUUUUCGAGGUGAAUUUGUACAAUCAAAAUUAGUUGGUUUUGAGUGUGUGCGAUUUCUAGGGUUUAAUAGAAAUACAUUUGUUUUUAUUAUA